UCUCCUUGUAUUUUUGUUAAGGCUUUGAAAUCAUAUCCGUUCCGUUUUCUUUUCUUUUCUUUUCUAUUCUUCGACUGUCUCCGCUUAUAGAAUUGAAAUAGAAAGUGUGAGAAAAUUUUGUUGACGAAUAGAAUGAACAAAACCUAAAUCAACUUAUUUUUAUGUAAUUUUUUUUUUUUUAAAUUUCACGGAAAUCAAUCGAAUUUGAGAUUACAGGAUCCGAGCUUAGGGUUUACGGUUUUCAAUUGUGAAUUUAUUGGUUGAAACGGAAUUUGAGAAGAAAUGUUGAUAAGAGAUGUGGAAUUGUGUUGAUUCUAGCUCCGAUCUCGAAGCUAGGGUUAAGGUCAUUGGAGUAAAGCAAUGGAUGUGGAUUCAAAUAUGGUGCCGGAUGCCGAUCACGAUCCGUCCUUACAGAAGCAGAAUACGGUGACGUCUCCGGCACCGAUGGAGAGGGAGCAAAUAGCCGAGCAGCCUCCUGGAUCUCCGACUGCUUCGGCUGCGGCUCCACCGUCACAGCAACAGCAACAGCAGCAGAGUCCGGUGGUGGGGCCGAAGUGCGCUCCUACUUACUCGGCGGUGAAUGCGAUUAUAGAGAAGAAGGAGGAUGGGCCGGGCCCGAGGUGCGGCCACACGUUAACGGCCGUUACUGCAGUUGGAGAGGAGGGUACGCCUAAUUAUAUUGGGCCUAGGCUGAUAUUGUUUGGUGGUGCGACCGCACUUGAGGGCAACUCUGUGGCUUCUGGAACACCUUCUUCUGCCGGAAGCGCUGGCAUUAGACUAGCAGGUGCCACAGCUGAUGUGCAUUGCUAUGAUUUUUCAACAAAUAAAUGGUCUAGGAUCACUCCUUUUGGAGAACCACCCACGCCAAGGGCUGCACACGUGGCAACAGCUGUGGGGACUAUGGUAGUUAUUCAGGGUGGCAUUGGUCCAGCUGGUUUGUCUGCUGAGGAUCUCCAUGUUCUUGACCUCACACAGCAACGGCCUCGAUGGCAUAGAGUUGUUGUUCAAGGCCCUGGACCUGGGCCACGCUAUGGACAUGUGAUGGCAUUAGUGGGUCAACGGUAUCUCAUGGCAAUUGGUGGGAAUGAUGGAAAGCGACCUUUGGCUGAUGUAUGGGCCCUAGAUACAGCUGCAAAGCCUUAUGAAUGGCGUAAGUUGGAACCUGAGGGCGAGGGUCCACCUCCAUGCAUGUAUGCAACUGCAAGUGCUCGUUCUGAUGGCCUUCUUCUGCUUUGUGGAGGGAGGGAUGCCAGCAGUGUGCCUUUGGCAAGUGCAUAUGGACUUGCUAAGCAUAGAGAUGGUCGUUGGGAAUGGGCUAUUGCUCCUGGUGUCUCACCAUCUCCAAGAUACCAACAUGCAGCAGUCUUUGUUAAUGCACGGCUUCAUGUGUCUGGAGGGGCACUUGGUGGAGGACGCAUGGUAGAAGAUUCAUCAAGUGUUGCAGUCUUGGAUACUGCAGCUGGAGUUUGGUGUGAUACAAAAUCUGUCGUUACUAGUCCUAGGACAGGCCGAUACAGUGCUGAUGCAGCCGGUGGAGAUGCUGCAGUUGAGCUGACAAGGCGUUGCAGGCAUGCUGCUGCUGCAGUUGGUGACUUGAUAUUUAUUUAUGGAGGUUUACGUGGGGGGGUGUUGCUUGAUGACCUACUUGUUGCGGAAGAUCUGGCAGCUGCCGAGACGACUUCUGCAGCUUCACAUGCCGCUGCUGCUGCUGCAUCAAAUGUGCAAGCAGGGCGACUUGGAAGGUAUGGAUUUGCUGAUGAAAGAGCAAGACAAGCAAUGCCUGAAGCAGCUCCUGAUGGUGCAGUUGUGCUGGGAAAUCCAGUUGCUCCUCCUAUUAAUGGUGACAUGUAUACUGAUAUAAGCACUGAAAAUGCCUUGCUCCAAGGUUCUAGGAGAUUAAGCAAGGGUGUUGAGUCGUUAGUUCAAGCAUCAGCUGCAGAAGCUGAGGCUAUCAGUGCUACAUUGGCUGCUGUCAAGGCACGGCAAGUUAAUGGAGAAGUUGAAUUACCAGACAGAGAUCGUGGUGCAGAGGCUACCCCUAGUGGGAAACAGAUGAUUAAACCUGAUUCUGUUGGGUCAAAUAGCAUUGCUCCAGCUGGAGUCCGGCUGCAUCAUAGAGCAGUUGUUGUCGCUGCAGAGACUGGUGGAGCAUUAGGUGGUAUGGUCCGACAGCUUUCUAUUGACCAGUUUGAAAAUGAGGGGAGGAGGGUCAGCUAUGGGACCCCUGAAAGUGCAACGGCAGCGAGGAAGCUAUUAGAUCGCCAGAUGUCCAUCAAUAGUGUCCCAAAGAAGGUCAUAGCACAUCUUUUAAAGCCUCGAGGCUGGAAGCCCCCUGUCCGACGACAAUUUUUCUUAGACUGCAAUGAAAUAGCAGAUCUUUGUGAUAGUGCUGAGCGAAUAUUUUCUAGUGAACCAAGUGUCUUACAACUUAAGGCUCCUAUCAAAAUAUUUGGUGAUCUGCAUGGGCAGUUUGGAGACCUCAUGCGCCUUUUUGAUGAGUAUGGUGCACCUUCAACAGCUGGUGACAUUGCAUACAUUGAUUAUCUCUUCUUGGGAGAUUAUGUUGAUCGUGGCCAGCACAGCCUUGAGACCAUCACUCUACUGCUUGCUCUGAAGGUUGAAUAUCCCAACAAUGUGCAUCUAAUUCGUGGGAACCAUGAAGCUGCAGACAUUAAUGCCCUCUUUGGUUUCAGGAUUGAGUGCAUUGAGCGCAUGGGUGAGAGAGAUGGAAUUUGGGCUUGGCAUAGGAUAAAUCGUUUGUUCAAUUGGCUUCCUUUGGCUGCUCUAAUUGAAAAGAAAAUAAUCUGUAUGCAUGGUGGUAUUGGUCGGUCAAUAAAUCAUGUGGAACAGAUUGAAAAUCUUCAACGUCCAAUUACCAUGGAAGCUGGCUCAAUUGUGCUUAUGGAUCUAUUGUGGUCCGAUCCGACUGAAAAUGACAGUGUGGAAGGACUGAGACCAAAUGCUAGGGGUCCAGGUUUAGUUACAUUUGGGCCUGAUCGAGUUAUGGAAUUUUGCAAUAACAAUGAUCUUCAAUUGAUUGUACGUGCACAUGAAUGUGUGAUGGAUGGCUUUGAGCGGUUUGCCCAAGGACAUUUAAUUACACUUUUCUCAGCUACCAAUUACUGUGGUACAGCAAAUAAUGCUGGGGCAAUCUUAGUUUUGGGUAGAGAUCUUGUGGUGGUUCCAAAACUCAUUCAUCCUCUACCACCAGCAAUUUCAUCCCCUGAAGCAUCACCAGAACGCCAUAUAGAAGAUACAUGGAUGCAGGAGCUUAAUGCUAACAGACCUCCGACACCGACUCGAGGCCGUCCUCAAGUAGCAAACGAUCGGGGCUCUCUUGCUUGGAUAUAGUAAUCUGUCUUCACAAUUGCUUUGUAUUCUCUCAUUUUAGGCUCAUGCUAGCACCUGGAGUAUCCGGUGUUCUGUAUAGAGCAUGGUGCCAUAUACAGGAAAUCUCAAACGUGUAAUCCAUAUUCUGAAGAAAUUCGAGGGCUUUCUGAAAUUUUGGUUUUGGCCACAAUUAAUAGGGCCUUGAGACGAUGAAGAUUACUUAAGAGGACCAGGUGACAGGCAGCAGGCAGGCUUACGUUGGUUAAUACACAAGUUGCAGUUUGGACCGUCCACCGUUUGUGAAUUGAGCGACAGACAGGUAGAAGUGAGUCAUUGUUGUUUCUUCUAUGGGCUGGUGGUAGUGCUGGGUAUUUUUCUGAUUAGUUUAUAUAUUUUUUAUUCCUCGUUUUAGGUCUAAUAUAUAUAUUUUUUUCUCUAUCAAGAGGGCUUGAGGCCCUUAUAUGUGAUGGUGAGAGAUAUAGUGCUAAAGUCUUUGUGGGCAUCCUUGUAUCAUAGAGGUGUUGCUUCCUGUAGUUGUCAAUUAAUGUAACGAUUGUGUGAAGAUAUAAGCAUUUUGGUCUGACAAUAAUUUUGAAGUUUUGCUUAUAAAAUGUGUCUUUUUU